AAAGGUCAACUAUAGCUGGGUAAUUGAUCACAUGGAAACCAUUACUCAUAUUCAUUGGUCAUGCAGAUAGCAAGGGGCGGUGAAAAUCCAUGCAGUCAAAGAAAAGCAGUUGAAUGUGUUCAUAAACAUUAAGAUGGCAACGGAAGAGUACAACCAAUGUAGCCCGACAAACCAGCACCUUACUACAGCAGCGACUUCUCAACAGCACUAACAACCAGCCCACAACAGUCACUGUAUGGAAACCUAUCACCAUCAAUUAGCCAAGGUCAGUACAACAACCAAUAUUCUGAGGGACCAGCUCAUAAUUACAGCAUCAGCUACCUACCAGAAACAACUGAAUCUAGCGGAGAACAUCAGUAUGUAAACUUUCCACAAAGUCUUCCAUAUCAAGUGAAUACACAUCAUGAUCCAGCUAGGGGAAACAACACCCAAGGCCAAUGGACAAAUGAAGGACCACCCAACCAGCCUAUUACUAAAGCUGACAGUGAGCCUUUCAAUGGGCAAGGUACAGAGGUGGCAACUAACCAUACAGGAAAGAGUACCCACAGUGAAGAAUUCAGAACAGAAACACAUGAAAUCAGCAAAAAAAACUGACCCUGACCCAGAGAUUGAAAAUCCUAAACCAGCAAAUAACAAAGAAGGGGAGGGCGAAACUGCUCGAGCUCUACAAGACCAACGACCAAAUAUCCACACAGAAAUACUGACUCUAGCUGAGGAGCCAGAAGAGGAGAUAACUCAACACAGAAGUUACCACAAUGAAAUCAGUGGGGAGGAGGCCAAGAAAAGGCUCAGAGUUUUCAGCGAUCACCACUACCUCACUCGCUACAGUGAAAAUUGGAAGUUUUACGUACUUUCUGUGUAUAUGAGCGAUGAAGAUUUAGAAACCGAGAAGUUUAAGCAUUAUAAGCUGAAGGUUUCUGGCGAAGGAAUAAGAAUUCUAGACCACAAACUGUUUGAAAGCUUGGAGAUAAUGCUCAAGUACUACGAAAACAACAGGCUUGAUCCAGCCUUCCCAAGAAUUGGAGUUUGCCUCACUGAGGAGGACUACAAGAUAAGAGUCAGAGAGAUACGUGAUCGACAACCGAAUCCUGACCCAGCCCCACACAUUGAGGAACCGCAAGCACAACAGCCCAACAUCAAAUGUACAAUAAUAUAGCUAUACACUGUAAACAGACUUUUGUGAGCAGUAGACAAUUACUCACAUUAUAAUCGCUCACAUUAUUUUUUUUAGAUCUAUAUUAUUUUGUAAAAAAGUGUUUAAAUUAA